UCCAACCCCCACCCCCACCCCCGCUCCUCUUCCUCUUUUCCUUACACAAAGGGACGUUUCGGCCUGGGGGUUGGCCCCUUCUGGCCGUGAGUUGUAUCUCUUGCAUCUCUUGCGUUGCUUUCCAUUACAAAGACCGAGAUAACAGGUGCUUCGCUGUGGCAUGUUUCUAUUAUGGAAAUAGAAAAACUUGUUGGUAGACUUUUUUUUUCCUUUCCUAACAAAAGCAGGACUGGUCACCCGUCGCCCAGGCAGUUGGAAAACCUGGGCCUCCAGGCUUGGUGACUGUAGGAUUAAAUUUUGCAUUAGAAAAACCGUUCCCAAAGUCUCUUGCCAAGGCCACUUCAACAUUCAAGGCUGGGUGCACACGCUGCAAAGCUAUGCUCAUUUCUGGCCUUCUGCUUCUUGACUCUCCCUCUCCCAAAGAGAAAAAUACAUUUUUUUUUUCUUUUUGGUGACGAAAUCUGAGAGUGACUUUAGGAUUCAAUUACAGAGAGGACACAGGGCUUUCCCAGAACUGUGGUGGAAGGAGAGGACGACAUUCAUUGCCGUAAGCUUACAGCGGUGCUGACUUUGAGCAGCUAACAGUAGUGUCAUCUGAAUUUGGAAAGGCAGAUUCUCCACAUUGUUCCCCGCCCAGCUUUUGGGUGUUUCUAGAAGUUAAGAUGCAUCCAGGCUGCCUACUCUACAUUGGUGACCUUGUGUGGUCUCUUGGCCUGUCUCUUUUCAGUAGAUGGAGUCGUUUCCAAGCAUGUACUUGUUGAAAGUCAAAACCAGACAGAUCCAUCCCUGGGUUUGCUCCCUGAAUGCCUGCUGCAGCCCUGGGCCAUUCCAGAGCAUUGCCGAGUGUCUCUGGGGCCCCCUGUGUCCCAGUGACGGGUGUGUGGAACCCUUCUUUCUGGGAGCCAAAUCUGCUUUCCUGAAGAAAGGGUAAAGACAGUGAGGAUGCUGGCCACCUGCCCGACAGCUUGUUACCAGGACCCUGUGACCUUCGAAGACGUGGCUUUGAACUUCACCCAGGAUGAGUGGGUUCUACUGGAUCAGACUCAGAGAAGCCUCUACCGAGAGGUGAUGCUGGACAACUUCGAGAACCUGGCCUCAGUGGGACACCUGCCAAACAAACCUGCUGUGAUCUCCUGGCUAGAACGGGAGGACCUGCAGACAGCACCGAGGGGAUGCCGCCGAGAUUGGCAAGAGCAGCUUAUCAGCCAAGAAUCAUUAGCCCAGCAGGACCUCUCGGAAGAACAAACCUCCAGUGAGAUACCGAUGGUAAGAGGGAUGCUUGCUGUUUCCGGUUCUUGGAGAACACUUCGGAUGCCAUCACAGCUUUAAAGAUUUACUUAUUUUUCUUGGAAAGUCAGAUAGAUA